AUGGCGACACGGGGCGAGCUUUCUGUCGGCGGCACAACAAAUGUGCCGUCCCUAGCCGACCAAAUCAAGCGCUUCCAGCCGAGGGUUUUCAGCAAUACUGAGAGCGCCUCAAGAGUAUUCGACCGCUCGGCCAAGGACAAUCCGGCGCGAGAGGCGCUGACGAUCAAGUGCGUCAAGGUUAUCGUCGACAACUUCGAACGGUUGCCAGCGCACGACGCCACCGGUGGGUUCAAUGUCGGUUACCGCAAGAACGACGACGAGAAUGGCGAUCGUCGCCAAGACGAAACGAAGGACGGCGGCGGCGGCGGUGGCGGCGGAGUUGACGCUAGCGCGGCGGAGCGAACCGACACUGCCGGGGGUGAUGCAGGAUUUGGCGGGAUGGUCGAGGGCGAGGGGGGAGAUACCAAGCUGGAGGGAGAUGAUGAGCAGCCACAUCCUCAGCAACAAGAGGGCAGGGUCAUACCCGCGAAGUUUUUGCAGCUGAUAAGCGCUGGCUUGAGUACUGACUUGGAUCCAAAGGUAGGAGCUUUGUACGUGUUUGACGAGAACUACUGGAAACGGCGAUGCGUGGAGAAGCUUGGCUGGCAAAACUGCCAGAUCGCCGAGCACGGGUUGACAUGGAAGCAGCUGUUUUUUGAGGCCUACGUGAGCACCCAGCUGGAGACGUUCGACGCCCAGAAGGAGACGUUCGACCACCUCCUGGAGUUCCUUGCGUCGUGUCAGGAGUACGUCUUCAACCUCCGCAUCCGACAGCUCUUGGCGCACCCCGACAUGCGCGCGGUGUGCGAGGUCCUGCAGAACCUCACCAUGCUGGACGUGACGUACAGCGUAAACUCCAUCGGCAUGAAGUACGAGCGCAUGCUCUUCGGGAUGAAAAUUUCGGACGCGAAUUGCUUGGCCAAUGCUAUCCAGGCAACCCAGACGAUGGCCUCGCUGGUGUUGCAGGGGAACCUGAUAGACGACGACCUCAUGCGGAUGCUCAUGACCGGGCUCAUCAGGAAUUCCACGAUUACAUACUUGGACGUGAGCCACAACAAGAUUACCAACCACGGCGCGAGACUUCUCUCCAAACUACUCGGCGAGAACAGCGUCCUUACCACGCUCAAUCUGGCGGACAACCAGAUCCACGCGGAGGGGGGAAGGUAUAUCGGCCGCGCCCUUCGGGGAAACACGUCGCUGGUGACCCUCAACCUCCGGUUGAAUCGCCUGACGGACGAGGGAGGGAGGAUGCUCAUAGAGGGACUGCACGACAACCCGACUCUGGCCUGCCUCAACCUCAGCGCGAACUCAAUAGCGCGCGAGGCUUGUUCUUCGCUGAGCAUGGUGCUCAGAAAACCCGGGAAGGUGCUGGCAACGCUGGACCUCAGCUGCAAUGAGUUGCAGGACGACGACAUCCGGUUGCUCUGCGUCGCGCUGGAGAGAAACUCCUCGCUGACCUCCAUCGACCUCCGCAUGAACGACGUUUCGGCCGACCUUGAGGACCUGGAGAAAAUCGAGAAAAUGGUGCAUGCCAACGAGUUGCGCGCGCGGGAAGCAUGA